UCGUGUUCCACAAACCACGGAGUGUUGCAGACUCUGAUUGUCAUCCAUCCAUUUCUAAACACGAUCGCAGACUUUGAAAGUACCUUUAAUUGUUACUUCUGACAGAUUGAAUUGCUUCUAUUCACAAUUAUGGCUUUUCUUUUGAGACAGUCUACGAAAUGUUUAAGAAAUUCUCUAAAUUUCCAACCGGCGUUCCAACAAUGGCGAUGGUUAUCAGUGACGGGGGCCAGAUCGCAAGAUGAUGGCAAGAAUCUUUUCACUCCUGGUCCUCUCAACACCCAUGCGGACACAAGAGAAGCAAUGCAGAAGGACUUUGGUUCUCGGGAUAAGGAGUUCAUAGAGUGCAUUGAAUUCAUCAGGACGAGCUUAGUCGCGUUUGCGCAUCUUCCGGAUGAUAAAUUUACAUGCAUACCAAUGCAAGGUGCUGGAACCAUGGGCGUCGAGUCAACCAUUGGUACCACAGUGCCGAGAGAUGGUAAAAUACUGAUCUGUAGCAAUGGUGCAUAUGGUGACCGAAUUGGUGCAAUUUCAAAAGUGUUAGGGAUUAAUUCUGUUAUCCACAAAGACAUUGAAACGGAACCAACAAAUCUCAGGAAAGUUGAAGAAAUCUUGGCGAAUGACAAAGCAAUAACAAAUGUUGCGAUGGUUCAUUGUGAGACUACGACAGGGAUAUUCAAUCCAAUUGAAGACGUGGGUCAGCUCGUCCGAAAACACGCGCCAAACGCAGCAUUCUUUGUUGACGCCAUGAGCAGUUUUGCUGCCGUUCCCAUUAAUUUUGAGAAAGCAGGGAUAGAUUUCCUCGUGAGUUCAGCGAACAAGUGCACAGAAGGCGUUCCUGGGUUCUCUUUCAUCCUAGCAAAUGUCGAAAAACUAGAAAAAUGCGAGGGAAAUGCCAGGAGUCUGUCGCUGGACGCUCUCGCUCAGUAUAAAGGAUUUCGGGAAAAUGGACAGUUUCGGUUUACGCCGCCUACCCAUGUUUUGAUGGCGUUCAAAAGGGCAAUUGAGCUUCAAAAAGAAGAGGGAGGUGUGGAAGGAAGGUCUAAAAGGUAUCAGGAAAACAGAAAGAUAUUGAAGUCGGGUAUGAAGGAGAUGGGUUUCCGAGAACUGCUUAAGGAGUCUGACCAGGGCUAUAUCAUUACGUCGUUUUACUAUCCCGACCAUCCCAAUUUCCGUUUCGAAGAUUUCUACACACGGCUCAGCGAGAAAGGCCAGGUCAUCUAUCCUGGAAAAGUGAGCCAAGCCAGCUGUUUUCGAAUUGGAAACAUUGGCCAACUCUAUGCAGACGACAUGAAAGUUUUAUUAAAAUGUGUUAGGGACGUGUGUUCUGACAUGAAUAUCCCCUUGCCUCUAGCGUGAUAGAUGGCUGAAUGGUAGAUAGAAUAGUAUAAAGAAUUUGCUAUUUCACUUCUUGAUUGCACAAUCUGAUCUGUGUGUAAAUCUAUCAUUAUAAAAUUCAUAAUUUAUUACGUUUGCCUAUAAAAUCACACGCUAGCUCAUUACUGGCUCUCAUGUACAUUCGUUGGAGACCGAGAAACAAUACUUCUAACAUUCAUAAUUUUAACACAAGUGUCAAAUAUAAAGAACAUCCUUUUUGGAAUUGGUGCAUGGUGUGUUUGUUAGAAAUUUAAUUAGUAUUCUCGUUGCAAGUUGUCGGAAAUGCGGGAAGAGGUCAUUCGUCUUGGGGCUUUCAAAAUAACAGUCAAUAAGUCGCAAUGUCUUGUGAAACUUUGAACAAUUUGUUCUACGUGUUGUUAGAAUGGCAAUAAACUUGGAAAUGAGCGUUGAACUUCAAAUGUAAAUACACAA